GUCGAUCACUUUGAUUCGUCCACAUCAUCACACAAGAAAGCAUGGCUGACAUGAGGGAGUUUGUUAUUGUUGCUUUGGCAAUUUUGGGUUGUAUCUGUCUUGUUCAAGGCGAAAUAGUCAAGGGUUCCGUACCUUUAAACUCUGGCGUCUUUGACAAAAUUAUAAGUAAGCAUAAAGUUGCUCUCGUAAAGUUUGACGAGACGUAUCCGUAUGGAGAAAAACAGGACGAAUUCAAGAAAGUUGCUGAGGCCAGCACUUCACAGCCAGAUCUUCUCAUUGCUGAAGUUCAAACUGCAGACUACGGUGAUAAAGACAAUGCAGACCUAGCUGAGAAAUUUGGUGUCAAGAAAGAGAAUCACCCAGUAUACAAGCUGUUCAUUCAGGGUCGCGAUGACCCGGUUGAUUACAAGGGCAACUCCAAAAAUGCUGAUGACAUCAAGAAGUUUAUCAUGAAAGAAUCAGGACUUUGGCUUGGACUGCCAGCUUGCCUGGAGGAGUUUGACAAAAUUGUGAAGGAUUUUUUUGCAGCCAAUGGAAAUAAAAGAAAUGAUAUUCUUGCAAAAGCAGAGGAGGUUGCAAAAUCUUUUACCACAGAGGACCAGAAAACGUCUGCUGAAAUUUACAUCAAGACUAUGAAGAAGAUCAUUGAGAAGGGAGACAACUUUAUUGAAAGUGAAAUAACAAGGGUAGAGAAGCUGAGAGAUGGGAAAGUUAGCGAUAGAAAGAAGGAGCAGCUUGGGAGUAGACUAAAUAUACUUACAUCAUUCCAAAUGAGCUUGAAAGAUGAACUUUGAUGUAUGAAAAUAUAAAGAUAGUUGACGCAUAAUUAGUUGAACAAUAUGCAUUUACAUUGUACAAGAUCAUUUUUAAUAAUUUCAUGUCAUUUAUACAUUUAACAUAAAAUAAGGUUUUAGAGCGUUAACAGUUAAAAUUUCUUAGUACAAUUAGAAUUGUGCUUUAAAAAAAGUUACAAAUAAAUAAAUCUUACUGUUCAUUGUUUACGUUAACAGUUAUGUUUUUGUAUUCAUCAGAGUUAUAGGAUUAAAAAAGAAAUAAUAUCAGUUGUAAGUUUCAUGUUUAUUAUGUUAAAUAUUGAUAAUAUUGUAUGUAUAUAUGUUGUUUAGUUACAAGUUGAGAUAUUAAUAUUCAAUUUUAGCUGUGUUUUGUAGAGCUUUUUUCAACUAGUUGAAAAUAAUUAAAGCUAUUUCUAAAUCUGUAAUCACCAGAUUCAGAAUAUUAAUUAUAAAAUAUUGAAACAUUAGUUUUUUUCCUGUGAUUGUGAAUUGAUUUCUUGUUUACAUUUUUCUAGAUUAUUUAUGAUUUGUAGAUUGGCUGUUCCACAAAUUUGAGAUAUCUUCAGUAUGUUACCACGCACUAGAAAUUGUACUUUAUUCAGCAGUUAGUAGUGUUUCACAGUUUGUUAAAAAAAAAAAAUCAUUGUGCUUUUCAAAGACUAGUUUUGUUAAUGUUUACUUAAGUAAUACAGUAAGUUUGAGAAUAUCUGUCUGUUCUGGUGUCUGUAUGAAUUGCAGAGAAACCUGGAUUUCUACAUUGAUUCUGUACAUUCAUAGUAAUUUCUAGUCUGUUAACAUCAUGUUGUGUACUAUGAUAUUGAACAAGUUAACAUUGCCUAUACAUUUUAUACAUUGUUGGUCCUAGCAUUUUAUAUACAUGUAUGUAUAUAUUGAUUUAUUAAAUAAUUAAAACAAAUAUUGGUAUUAUUUGGAGUGAGCAUUUUUAAAAAUGUAUUGAAAUAAUACGACAACACUGAUGGCCAUCUAAGACAUCGGGCCUAAAUAAUAAAUACAAAUUAAAAUAUUUGGGACCAAGUUAUCCAAGUCUUCGUGAUUGAUGAACAUGUAUUUAUUUUUUUAAUAAUCCCUCAUUAUUGCUUGGUCAACAUAAAUUUAACCUGUGUGUUUUGGAUACUGUAGACAUCCAUUGAAUUGUAAUGUUUUCUUCCCAGUGAUUGUAUUGCUAAAAUUCAGUGCAGACAUGGUUGUACACUAUCAUCCAUUACGUGUGUAAAGUUUUAAAAAGCAAUUUGUUUCUUCAGCCAUUCACUUCUAAACAGUAAGAGUUGUGUGUGACCCUGUCCAAUCAAAUAAAUAUGUGAUAGUCGUGUUAUGAUACGGAGUUGUAUUCUCUAAUCAAUUCAUCCCAUACAAGUCAUAUUCCAGAAAGUAUCUGUUGACUCGAUAUUAAAUCAUUUUCUUCUUUCAGUACAGUUUUUAGCCAGUAUUUAUUUUAAUUAUAGCAGAAAAAGAAAAUAGCCUCUUCUGUUUUUUUAACUUGCAGUGUUAAACAGAAUAAAAAGUAUUCAAUUUGUUUGCUGGAAAUAGGUACAGAUUGAGGAAAGUUUAAUUUUUUUAAAUUAUUUCUUUUUACAGUAUUAUUUUGUACAGGUAGCUAAUAUUUCUACCUCUGAAACCAGUGUAUUCCCCAACCUGUUCUGUAAACUUCAUAACAUUAAUGUUUUUGUUUUAAAUGAUAUUUGGGGUUAACUUAUACCAAGUGGCAGGUUUAGCUUUCAUGUUUGAAUUCUUUUUUUAAUUAAUAUAACUUUAAAACUAAUAAAUAAUAAUUGCCUUCAUUUGCUCAAGGAUCAGUGGACCCAGGUGUACGCCCCAUUCUCCAUAUACCAGUACAGGUAUUGUACAAACAAGGAUCGGUGGACCUAGGUGUAUGCCCCAUUCUCCAUAUACCAGUACAGGUAUUGUACAAACAAGGAUCGGUGGACCCAGGUGUACGCCUCAUUCUCCAUAUGCCAGGACGGGUAUUGUACAAACAAGAAUCGGUGGACCCAGGUGUCUCCCCAUUCUCCAUAUACCAGUACAGGUAUUGUACAAACAAGGAUCGGUGGACCCAGGUGUCGCCCCAUUCUCCAUAUACCAGUACAGGUAUUGUACAAACAAGAAUCGGUGGACCCAGGUGUCGCCCCAUUCUCCAUAUACCAGUACAGGUAUUGUACAAACAAGGAUCGGUGGACCCAGGUGUACGCCCCAUUCUCCAUAUACCAGUACAGGUAUUGUACAAACAAGGAUCGGUGGACCCAGGUGUACGCCCCAUUCUCCAUAUACCAGUACAGGUAUUGUACAAACAAGGAUCGGUGGACGCCCCAUUCUCCAUAUACCAGUAUUGUACAAACAAGGGUCGGUGGACCCAGGUGUACGCCCCAUUCUCCAUAUACCAGUACAGGUAUUGUACAAACAAGGAUCGGUGGACCCAGGUGUACGCCUCAUUCUCCAUAUGCCAGGACGGGUAUUGUACAAACAAGAAUCGGUGGACCCAGGUGUCUCCCCAUUCUCCAUAUACCAGUACAGGUAUUGUACAAACAAGGAUCGGUGGACCCAGGUGUCGCCCCAUUCUCCAUAUACCAGUACAGGUAUUGUACAAACAAGAAUCGGUGGACCCAGGUGUCGCCCCAUUCUCCAUAUACCAGUACAGGUAUUGUACAAACAAGGAUCGGUGGACCCAGGUGUACGCCCCAUUCUCCAUAUACCAGUACAGGUAUUGUACAAACAAGGAUCGGUGGACCCAGGUGUACGCCCCAUUCUCCAUAUACCAGUACAGGUAUUGUACAAACGAGGAUCGGACCCAGGUGUACGCCCCAUUCUCCAUAUACCAGUACAGGUAUUGUACAAACAAGGAUCGGUGGACCCAGGUGUACGCCUCAUUCUCCAUAUGCCAGGACGGGUAUUGUACAAACAAGAAUCGGUGGACCCAGGUGUCGCCCCAUUCUCCAUAUACCAGUACAGGUAUUGUACAAACAAGAAUCGGUGGACCCAGGUGUCGCCCCAUUCUCCAUAUACCAGUACAGGUAUUGUACAAACAAGGAUCGGUGGACCCAGGUGUACGCCCCAUUCUCCAUAUACCAGUACAGGUAUUGUACAAACAAGGAUCGGUGGACCCAGGUGUACGCCCCAUUCUCCAUAUACCAGUACAGGUAUUGUACAAACGAGGAUCGGACCCAGGUGUACGCCCCAUUCUCCAUAUACCAGUACAGGUAUUGUACAAACAAGGAUCGGUGGACGCCCCAUUCUCCAUAUACCAGUAUUGUACAAACAAGGGUCGGUGGACCCAGGUGUACGCCCCAUUCUCCAUAUACCAGUACAGGUAUUGUACAAACAAGACCCUGGAUAUUAACAACAAAACAUGGAUCGUAUUGCCCCAGAUUUUGUUUUAGUUUAUACAUGUAGUUUUAUACAUUCAUACGUGACAUUUCAAAUAUGUCCCACCAGACAGGUGAAAACAAAGUUGUGUUUUCUUUUUGUUUUUACAAUUUGCAAAUCAAAAUUUGUGAAUUUUGUUAUUUUAACAAACAUAAUUGUAUCAGUGAAGAUGGUAUCUGUUUGAAAACAUGAAAUCCUGAUUUGUAUGUGUGUAUGUUGGUAUAUUAAAGGUCAUGGUAUGUACUGUCCUGUCUGGAAAGUGCAUAUAAAUGUAUGUUGUGAAUAAAUGGUUUAUCACUGA